AUGUCAGAGCCAGUGAUUGAGUCCCUUUUGGACACGGACAUGUACAAGGUUACAAUGCAUGCCGCAGUCUUCACGUAUUUUCCAGAUGUUACGGUUACCUAUAAAUAUACGAACCGAUCUUCCCAGUUAUCUUUCAAUAAGGAGGCCAUCAAUUGGUUGAAAGAACAGUUUUCAUACUUAGGCAGCUUGAGAUUUACAAAAGACGAAAUCGAAUAUUUACAAAAGGAAAUUCCAUAUCUACCAUCGGCUUAUAUCAAGUAUAUUAGCGACUCGAACUAUAAGUUGAAUCCCGAGGAACACAUCACUUUCACCUCAGAAGAAAUUGAAGGCAACCCCUCCCAUUAUAGUUUGAAAAUUCUGGUUAGUGGUUGUUGGAAAGAUACCAUUCUUUAUGAGAUUCCGUUAUUGGCUUUGAUCUCUGAAGCAUACUUCAAAUUUGUCGAUACCGAUUGGGACUACGAAAACCAAUUAGAACAGGCUACAAAGAAAGCCCAAACCUUGUUUGAAAACGAAAUUAAAUUCAGUGAAUUUGGUACAAGACGUCGUAGAUCAUUGAAGACACAAGAUUUGAUUAUGAAAGGAAUCAUGGAUGCUGUGGAAGCAAACCCAGAAAAGAAUGAAAAAUUAUUUUUGGGUAGUUCAAAUAUCCUUUUUGCCAAAAAGUAUGGUGUUAAGCCAAUCGGUACUGUGGCUCACGAAUGGGUUAUGGGGGUUGCCUCCAUUAGUGAAGAUUAUCUGCAUGCUAAUAAAAACGCCAUGGAUUAUUGGAUUAACACAUUUGGUGCCAAAAAUGCUGGUUUGGCAUUAACAGAUACUUUUGGCACAGAUGAUUUCUUGAAGGCAUUCUAUCCACCAUAUUCAGAUGCCUACGUUGGUGUUAGGCAAGAUUCUGGAGACCCAGUCGAAUAUACUGAAAAGAUUGCCCAUCAUUACCACGACGUAUUAAAAUUACCUAGAUUUUCAAAAAUUGUUUGCUUUUCCGAUUCAUUAAAUAUCGAAAAGGCAAUCUCUUAUUCUCAUGCAGCCAAAAAAAAUGGGAUGCUAGCUACAUUUGGUAUUGGUACGAAUUUCACCAAUGAUUUUCAGAGAAAAUCAGAUGCGCAGGUCAAAAGUGAGCCAUUAAAUAUCGUUAUCAAACUAUUAGAAGUCAACGGUAAUCAUGCUAUUAAAAUUUCUGAUAACUUGGGUAAGAAUAUGGGAGAUCCAGCUACUGUGAGAAGAGUGAAACAAGAACUAGGGUACACUGAACGAGGUUGGAGUGGUGACAAUGAAGCGCACAGAUGGGUUUAG